UGGCGGUUUGGCGUGCGGCCACAUCCACCCGGCGAAAAGUGGACACGAGACGCUGGUGUGUUGCGGAGACUAAUAACUCAAUCCAGCGGCAUCAGCUCCCUGUAGCCGCUAACAGCCGGGCCACCGGGCUUUUCAACGUGACGAGCCCAACGUGCAUGCAGCCUUGAACAACCAUGCCAUCCGACUUGGCCAAGAAGAAAGCAGCAAAGAAGAAGGAGGCUGCCAAAGCCCGUGGGCGUACCAAGAAAUCUGAUGAGGGAAAUGAGGAGAGUGAAGAACCAGAGACCCAGGGCAACAGAGCAGAGAGCAAUGGUAUUGCCAGUUUGACCAAGGAGCUAGAUGAAUUUGAGCUACUGAAGACUGAAGCAAGGGCAGUGACAGGUGUUCUAGCCUCACACCCCAACAGCACUGAUGUCCACAUUAGCAGUCUCUCACUUACCUUCCAUGGGCAAGAGCUGCUAGCAGACACCAGCUUGGAGCUCAACUCAGGCAGACGCUAUGGCCUCAUUGGACUUAACGGCACAGGAAAAUCCAUGCUGUUGUCAGCCAUCGGGCAUCGUGAGAUUCCCAUUCCAGAGCACAUAGAUAUUUACCACUUGACUCGAGAGAUGGCCCCCAGUGACAAAUCUGCUCUGCAAUGUGUUAUGGAGGUUGAUGAAGCAAGGAUUAUGCUGGAGAAGGAGGCAGAGAGACUUGCCCAUGAGGACUCUGAAUGUGAAAAGCUGAUGGAGCUGUAUGAGCGUCUGGAGGAGCUGGAUGCAGACAAGGCAGAGAUGCGAGCCUCGCGGAUCCUCCACGGUUUGGGUUUCAGCGCUGCUAUGCAGCAGAAGAAACUUAAGGACUUCAGUGGAGGAUGGAGGAUGCGUGUUGCUCUGGCCAGAGCCCUGUUCAUCAAACCCUUCAUGCUGUUGCUGGAUGAGCCCACUAACCACUUGGACCUGGAUGCCUGUGUGUGGUUGGAAGAGGAGCUCAAGUCGUUCAAGCGAAUCCUUGUGCUCAUCUCACACUCUCAAGACUUCCUGAACGGUGUGUGCACCAACAUCAUUCACCUACACCAGAGAAAACUGAAAUACUACACGGGUAAUUUUGACCAGUAUGUGAAGACCAGAGAGGAGCUCGAAGAAAAUCAGAUGAAGCGCUUCAACUGGGAACAGGACCAGAUAUCACACAUGAAGAAUUACAUAGCCAGGUUUGGUCACGGAUCUGCAAAACUGGCACGACAGGCACAGAGCAAAGAGAAGACACUGCAGAAGAUGGUGGCAUCAGGCUUGACUGAAAAAGUAGUGAAUGACAAGACUCUGUCAUUUUAUUUUCCUCCCUGUGGGAAGAUUCCUCCUCCUGUUAUCAUGGUUCAGAAUGUCAGCUUCAAGUACAGUGAUAACACACCGCACAUAUAUAAAGACCUGGAGUUUGGUAUUGACUUGGAUACACGAGUGGCUCUGGUGGGGCCCAAUGGAGCAGGGAAGUCUACGCUUCUGAAGCUGCUGAUGGGAGAGCUCCUACCCACCGAUGGUAUGAUACGGAAACAUUCUCACGUCAAGAUUGGCAGAUAUCACCAGCAUCUGACAGAGCAGCUGGAGCUGGACCUGUCUCCUCUGGAGUUCAUGAUGAAGUGUUUCCCUGAGAUCAAAGAAAAGGAAGAGAUGAGGAAGAUCAUUGGUCGCUACGGUCUGACGGGAAAACAGCAGGUCAGUCCAAUCAGGAACCUCUCAGAUGGUCAGAAGUGUCGGGUGUGUUUUGCCUGGUUGGCCUCACAGACCCCUCACAUGUUGUUCCUUGAUGAGCCCACCAAUCACUUGGAUAUCGAGACUAUUGACGCAUUAGCAGAAGCAGUCAAUGAGUUUGAGGGCGGCGUGAUGCUAGUUAGCCACGACUUCAGGCUAAUUCAACAGGUGGCUCAGGAGAUCUGGGUAUGUGAGAGCCAAACCAUCACAAAGUGGAAUAGGGACAUCCUCGCAUAUAAGGAGCACUUGAAAUUAAAGAUUGAAAAGCAGCAAACACAUGACAUCUAAAGGAACAUUAACUCUUGAGUCACUCUAUUAUCUUGCAUCAUGCAUUUGACUGGUAAGCUCUUGAAGGGAUGAACAAGGUUUGCAUUACAGGAAAUGUCCAAAUAACUGAAAAGAUUUAUUAUGCAUUUUAUUGGACACGUCUCUUGAACCUGUUUUAAGUAUUUCCAUCGGUUUGAAACUGCUACAUUGUGCUGAACCCAACACCAAUCCCCCCCUCCCCUCCGGUUGCACUCUGAUUAGCUGAUUCACCUGAAGCAUCUCGGUUCCUUUUGGAAUGCAUUCCAUUUUGCUGUGUUCAUAGAAGUUUUAUUUUUCCAAAUGUUUUAUCCCAACAUGUAUGCAGCAGCUUAGGUCAUAUUUUAUGAUAUUCAAAUCUGUGUAAAACCAGUUCUGACUUUAACAAUGUAAUGCAAUAAAGGGUUUGUCUGAAUAAAUGGAACUUAAACAGUUA